GCGCGCGCCGGCGAGCGCUCGGCAGUCAGUGUGAGCCCGCCGCGGCCGUGCCAUGCUCUGGUGCUGCUCCCCGUAGUGCGAGCAGGCGACGCGAGGCGAGGAGCACCAGCAGCGCCGGACAGCGCACGCCACGACGACAUGAGGCCAACCCUCGUCGCAGCCGCUCUGCCUCUCCUGCUGAUCACGUGCGUGGCACUAGUGGGGCCGAGCGCGGGCCUACCCGCCCGCGCUUCCUCGGGGCGGCCCCGCCCACGAGCAGACGACCUGAUCGCGGGAACCGAUUUCCUGUCGGUGUUCAUCGGGUCGUCACUGCCGCGGACUCCCCAGCAGGUGGUCAAACCUAGGUUGCGGGACUCCACCACGGCGCCAGAGGACAUCGGCUUCGGUGCCCGCCUGGCGCCCAAGAGCUCCAGCACCACUCUGACCACUUCCCGCGCCACCCCGACGCCCUUUAUCGCUACCACCGAGACCCCACUCUCUGGGCCGUCCACCCGCCAGCAGGAUUACAGCAGCACGUUCGGCAAACCACCGGCAGAAAGCGACAGCGAGACAUUCCAGUCCUCUACAGAACCCACCCAGCGGAUCGAGGAUUCCGCUUCCGAACUCCACUACAGGACUUACCCGCCACAUAACUCUCCCACGACAUCCGACGUCACCCUUCCUCCCGACAGUAGUAUAUCGGUAGUCACAGAUAUCGUCACAUCGAAACAGGAACUGAUAUCACUUACCGCCGGAGACCCUACUGAUGGUGACCAACACGCCAGUGACGGCGUGCUGUCUGCGUCGAGGAUCACCAGCUUCUAUGUGCAGCAUCAGGAUGAAAACACACGUGGCACUCAGCAUCGUAGCCCUCAACAAACCUCAACGAAUGGUGCAUACCACAGCAGUAGUCCGCACAACUCUGUGCCAGACCCUAAUGUUCACUAUCAAUCGUCAACAGGCCAAGGUGCCGAGACAGGAAGCUUGUUUCACAGCAGUGUUGGUCCCAGCCCCAGCUAUCACACUGUAACGCUCCACGAGCAGCGUCAAGACCACAGUUACCAGGGACACAGUACUGCCUUUCCCCAAUCCACCUCCAAUUCGUGGUUCUCCUCCCAUCCCACUCAAGCUACUCAAAUAGUUGUUAACCACCCUGGACAGCCGACUUCUCGGCCCGAAAGUUCAACAGUACAACAAGUAAUCUCCGUCCGUGUCUCUUCGUCGGUAGUGCAGGGUCCCUCAUCACCGCCCAACACUGCACGAAGUAAACCGUUCGGUACAUCUCAACCGAGUGAUUCUCCAUUUCACCACAGCAGUGAAUCUUCCAGUCACGACAAUUUUCUUUCUAGUCGGACGGAAGGUGAUGGAGUGAGACAGUACUCGCAGACGUCGUUGCCCGAUUCUGCGCAGGUGUCUCAAGAACGAGCCGUGGAGGACCAGCAGCAGGUGGUUCCCACGUCACUCGUGACCGAGGACCAGCCGGCGGCGACUGCUGUGCAGCGCAGCCAGUUCAGCGUCGAGGAGUCUUCCCCAUCGGACAUCUCGGCGCUGCACGCGCAGCGAGACCACCACAACAGGCAGCACAAUUACCACGACGAUGGCAGCGACCAGACGAUCGCCACAGUGGUCGAGGUGCCAGCGCCCGCCGUGGUCAACUACGAGUCACGCGUGUCGUCGCCCACAUCCAACAGCCGCGUCCAGUUCUACAGUGGGCCACCGCCGAGCCAACCUGAGCCCGUGAGGCGCCACGGCUGGACUCCUCAGCGCGGUCGCAAGAGCUUCGGUCACCAAGGCCAGCAGCAGCAGCAGCAGCACCAUCAACAACAGCAGUCGCAGCAGCAGCAGGACCAGCAGUCGCCAGCUCACCAACACCAGAGCCACUCUGAACCCUCAGAGCACAACUACGAGCAACCGGAGCAGAACUAUGAAGUGGACGAGCAGCUGAGUGUGGUCACCAAUGGCCGUGCACACGGCAUUCAGCCCCAAGACGCGUCGCAAACCACUCAGCCCUCGACGGCCCCUGUGUCUGCGCCAGAAAAUCCGCAGGUGGACAGCGCAGGCAACAAGGCCGGCUACGUGGUGGAGGGCCGCGGCUUCCGCAAGUACCGCGUCGAGGAACGAACCCCGGACGGCUUCAUCGUCGGCGAGUACGGCGUCGUCAACAGCGAAGGCGACCCCCUGCGGGCGGUGCGCUACACGGCCGACGGCACCGCCCCCACCAAGCUCAUCGACCAGGCGCUCAGCCACUUCCUCUCCCUCUGACGUCACUGCCCGCUGGACGCCACGCCCACCGCUACCUGCCGACUCUGCGACUGCUCCGCGAUGCGCAGGUGCCACCAGUCAGUUUCCCGGACCUGCUGGCUGUGAUCUGUGUUUUUAGGUUCGAUAAGAAAGCCACUGUAAAAUUGUUGUCAAUACACGUUGCUAUUCUCAAAAGGAGUUUCAAUACAGAGAUUAAAAGACCAGUAGUCCUAUUUAAGACAUAUGCAAGCUAAAGCAUAAAGGGCUGAAAAUACAUUCACAAGUGGGGAAAAUGACAUACACUAAUACCUUUGUUACUACACUUACGUCACAACAAUAUACUGUAUGUAGCAGUCACAGUGUGCCACGCAACAGAAGCUCACCAAUUCAGAUCACGCCGCAAACAAAACGUCUCCUUUCCCCACUGCAGCUGAUCUCUUCACAAUAGAUAUAAAAUCAUCUUUAAGAAGCAACAUAAUUUAGCCUAAGAGGCUAUGUCCUCACGUAACGAAUUACCGUAACACAAGAUUCCAAAAUAAUCAUAUAUUCCUCCGUUUUGUAUUCAAAACACGGACGCAGCAGUCGAAAGGAAAAGAUAAGGCAAUGUGUUGUGGGAUGAUCAGAAUACGAUAUAACAUCAUGCAUGUCGCUCAACGGUCAAGAAAAGCAAAUGAAACAGCUGGGACGCUACGCUGCCGUUAACCUAGAAGGACUAACUGCCGGACUUGCAGAGAUCACGCUGGAUUUGCGUUUUGCAUGUCGUAUAGCCCUCGUGUCGUUUACGUACGAGACGAGAUUCUAGUUCCCCCCCUCGGAGAUGCCAUGCCUCCUUUGCACCAUCGCUGCGGUUUCGAUGAAACGUGAACUACCCGGUUUAAUGAUUUGGUGCUUUCGUCACAAAUCUGAAGAGCAUAUUUUAUAAAUAUGCACUCAGUGUACUAAAUAACGGUUUAGACAUUUCCGAUGUUGAAUCUGUAGGUAGUGCCGCCUAAGAUCUUAAGUGGCAACCGCUUGUAUCCGCUGCUUGUAUAAAAUGCGCUUUGCAUGUGCUACCUCUAGUAGAGUGACAGGAAACGCAGAUCCAGUGGUCAUCUCAUUUACGAGUGAGGCUGACGCAGUUGGGUCUGGGUCUUCAUAGAGCUUCCAGAGUUUGUCUAAGCUGGCUCUCUUUGUCCUAGUGGCUAAAGAGCGAGGUUUCAGCUGCAGUGCCGAGAAUUUGUUCAAAGAGGUUACUUUUUACUAACGCAAGUAUAAAUUUAAUUUAUCUUUCUCCGCUUUGAUACCGAAGAUUCUUGCCACAGUUACGCUUCCUAUUGCUUCCAUGUUACAGGACGGGCACAUAAAACUGCCCUCAAAAUGUGUUUCAUGUACCUUAAGACAGCCAACCCACCUUACAAUAUCCAUAACUGGGGCGGAUGAUGUAAGGUUAGUUGCCUAGCUUAAGGCGCUUGAAAUAUUUUCCGGGUCACAUUUAUUUUGCCCACCUCUAGUCACAUCUUAAUGCAAUAUCUUUGCUGAGAAUCGUCAUUACAAGAUUCCAUGGUAUAUGUGUUUGUCUUGCUUGCUUUCUAUGUUUUUUCUCUUGCAGUCUUGUGUCAAUCUUUUCAUCUCUCAGUGCUUCUUACCCAGCUCCCUCGAAAAUAUUCCCAUUUCUACGAUUUAGGUUCUAGUAGAUAAUGACAGAUUGUGAGUCACUUCUUAUUUCCGAGCCAAGAGAAUGCUUGAUGCAGUUCACACUCAUUUAUGACAAAAACUUCUUUGGUUUCAACAAACGCUCACAGUAUUCUAGUCACAACUUCUGAACACAACUUUUGGCAGCCGCUCAACAAUAAGUACGUUCUUUCAAGUAUCAAACUCGC